ACCGAAUUAUUUCGCCUUUCUCCCGAAUUUCCCUCGUCUUCCUCCCUGCGCCCAGAAACAGAGUUGCCCUGGUUCGGUGCCUCGUCCAAAUUCAGGUGAGCCGCCGGCCAUGAAUCCCCCAAAGCACCCCGUAUCGACUGGUAUGGGAUAGCGUCACUCGUCUGGACCCCUUUCUCUCUCCCCCGCUCGCCUCCACACUGUUCUCCACCACGAGACCCACCCGAGAGCAGCUGCGCCGGCGAUUCUCCUUCCACCGCCGCGAGCAGCAACGCCUGGGCCUUUUCUUAGUCGCGACCGCCCGUCAUUGGCUGUCUUUCAAACAAGGAGGACAAGCGCGGCGACGGAGGCUGAUCAUAUCUUCAACCAACAAGGCCGGACCGCUGGGUUCAAAUCUGUUGCGGAGGAGGAUUCCUGAUGGUAUCCGAACCAACAGAGGAUUGUCUAAUCCGGCUCGUCCUAGUCCCCGUUUCUGUCUUGGUAAGUUACCCGAGAGCAGCUGCAAGGCCGGCCGCCUGUCUCAAUAAGUAGCCUAUUGACUACAAGUCCGGCCGCCGGUCUCAACAACUACUCCAGACAGCAGCUGCAACCUGCAAGGCAGGCCGCCAUGGAGUCAACCUGCAACACCAUCAUGAGAGAUGAAGAUAGCACUAGUGCAAGCGAAAACGAUGAUAGAAUCAGCGCGCUGCCCGACCAUCUUCUACUCAAAAUCCUCGAAUGCCUUUACAUGCCCACGGCAGUUCAGACCGGCGUGCUCUCCACACGAUGGAGGCACCUCCCGCAUCAGCUCUCUAAUCUGCAAAUUAAUGCCGAAGACUUUCCAGGCACGGUGGACCAGAUAAUGACUGCGUACACUGAUGCGACAAGGAGAUUUCUAUCUCCUCCGCCUUGUGGAUGCAAUCGGGUCAUCAAGAUCCUGCAGCUCUGCUUCUACCUAGCAGACCCUUACUUGUCCUCCAUCGGUCAUGCCCUCGGGGAUGCCGUGAAGAUCGACGUACCAGAAUACCUCGAGUUUGCGGCGACCGGCCAUGUUGCAUGUCCAAGUGAGGCUGAACUAGUACUGUUCAGACAGUGCUUUAUGUCCUUCUUCCAUGCUUGCCCCGGUCCCUUCAGUUUGCUCACCAAACUGACGCUGCGGAGCCUUUCUUUUGAAGACUCAGAUAUCCCCAAUAUCCUCAACACUUGCAAUAAACUUAAGCUCCUUUCCUUGAGAUCCUGUCAAAUGGGCCAGGACCCUGUCCUCAAGAUAGAUGCUCCAUGCUCGGAGCUCAUAGGACUUGAACUUAUCGACUUUGAGUGUGAACAAGUUGAACUAAUCUCUGCCCCUCAACUCCUGGAAUUGGUCUAUGAUAGUUGGUGCGGUGAAAACCCCCCAGUGUCUUUUGGCUAUGUCCCCCAGCUUGUUAAAUUAUAUUUCGCUUCUCCUGCCCUAUCUUGGCAGACGCCAUUCACAUUGAGCGAGUGCCUAUCUGGUAACAAAAACCUGUCAAUGCUGCAUCUAAAUUUCCGCACUCAAAUGAUUUGGAUUGAACCUGAAGAUCCUCGACAGCUCACUCCUAUAUUCAGUAAACUGAGAGAUGCACAUCUUUACAAUAUCUUUGCAGAGUGCGAUCUGAAUUGGACUAUGUUUAUCCUCGAAGGUGCACCUUCCUUGGAGAACUUUUAUCUAUCUCGACAUUCAUGUGAACUCAGUAAGACUAAGGAUAGUGCUGAGAAGACCAAUGUGUUGUGGGAACCAUCCGAGAAUUCGAGGUACUUGAACUUGAAGUUGCUCGUGAUGAAAGGUUUUAAGGAGGAAGAAAAGGUGAUGAAUUAUGUAAGACUUGUCAUGGCACGAGCUGUCGUGUUGAAUAGAAUCGAGUUGUGUGAUGAAGAUCCGUGCAAUGGGUGCAGUGCUAUCAAUCAUGAGCCUCCAAGAUUUAUGGUAGAUGAAGCUAGCAAGCAACGGAUAAGGGAGCAACUCACCCAUGGAUCCUCCUCAUCUGCGGAGAUAAUAAUUGGAUGAUGGAAAUAGUUCAAGAAUAAUGAAGAGACAAUAACGAUGGAUAAUGUCAAUGAGUAGUAGUCUCAUAUAAGAAUAAAAGACCCUGGCAGCUGUAAUUUUGUUUUAGCAUUUUAGCUGUUUAUAUAUGGCCAAGUAUAUUUUUCUAUGUGGGCAAAUUAUGAUGCAUGCACCGUAUACGUUUCUGUUUUAC